GUUAUUACACAGCAAUAUUUGGGGUGGCGCGCCUGUCGCCCGUGUGUUUUGCUGGUUGGAGGCUUUUGCAAAGAGAUGGCAAGAGAACCGUAGCAGACUGUGGGGCCUGUACGGUUGGGCAUUUUACCAACAACCGUAACGUUAGAGAACCGCAGAGACACAGAGAGUAGGAAAGGAGUGGAUUGACGGAGAAGAGAAACCAUGGGACACGGAGUGGGCUGAACCUGAGGGUCUAGCAGCACACACCAUUUGUUUCCCACUGUGGUGUAUGACAUGGCCACGGCCUUAUCUAGAGCAGAGUCUAGCCAUAACCAAAGAGGAACAUCACAGCUCCAUGCCAUUGUUUCCUGUGCCAAAAUCAAGAGGAAGAAGAGUCUGUUUGGGACUGCCAUUUAUGUGGAGGUGACAGCGGAGGGGGAGUCGCGCCGCACAGUGAAGUCGCACAGCUCCUCCAGUCCUAAAUGGGAUGAGAGGCUCACUCUGAAUGUAACACCGCACACACAGGUGGAUUUCAAAGUAUGGAGUCACCACACCCUGAAGGCAGACGCUCUGUUGGGCAAAGCUACGCUAGACCUAAUUCAAGCCUUGGAGCAGCAUGACAGAAAAUUGGAGAAUGUGAAGGAGGUGCUGAAACUGAACGUGGAGCAGAAGGGAGCUCUGGUACCCACAGGGGAGCUGACUGUCUACCUAGAUGGACUGACUGUCACUGACCAGGAGGAACUAGCCCCGCUUACCAAUGGCAACACAGCAAAUGGCACCAAAUUCCAACAGAAUGGCGAUGCCAUCCAUGAAAAUGGAGACUCAUCUUCCUCUUCCUCAAGGGCUGCCAACAGCUCAGUGAAUGGUACAGACUUCGGCCCGAGGUCAGGUUUCUGUUCAGCCUCCAACGGUGUGGAUGGCCAGGUGCCUUCCAGCUCCUGCAGCCCUGCCCUUAGUCAUGUCGUCAAUGGAGACACCACACCCGACUCUACCCCAGUUCACCAACCCUCAGACAGUGACACAGAGAGUAGGACCGUCAAUGGGGAGUCCUGUGAUGCUCCUCUCGGGCCAUCAUCUGCUCCAACAGAUGAUGUGCUGCCCCCUGCAGAUAACCGUGAGGACUGCAAUCAAGAUGCCACCCUGCCAGACCCUGACACAGCACCAAAUAGCACAUCUCAACCCCUGCCAACAUCCAUGCAGGCUCCAGCCUCCUCUUCUGCUGCUAAGCCUACUGAUGGCGCUGCUGCUGCUGCUUCCUCCACAUUCACCUCCCCAGCACUUGGGGCCACCACCAUCACAACCUCCUCAUCAUCGUCCUCUUCCACCCCAGCACUGGGAGAAGCAAAUGCUUCAGGAGGUGAUGGUGGUAGCAGUAGUAACAGUGCAACUGUAACAACAGAUGGGGCCAAGCCCAGGCAGCAGGUCCCCAAUGCUGGAGCCUCAGAUCCUCUACCACCAGGGUGGGAGCAGAGAAAAGACCCACAUGGGAGAACGUACUAUGUAGACCACAACACCAGGACUACUACAUGGGAAAGACCACAGCCACUGCCACCAGGUUGGGAGCGCCGAGUGGAUGACCGGGGCAGGAUCUAUUAUGUGGACCACAACACCCGCACCACCACGUGGCAGCGUCCCACUAUGGAAUCAGUCCGCAAUUUUGAGCAGUGGCAGAGCCAACGCAGCCAGCUGCAGGGAGCUAUGCACCAGUUUAACCAGAGAUACCUCUACUCUGCAUCCAUGAUGUCUGCUGAGAAUGAUCCUCUUGGCCCGCUACCUCCUGGUUGGGAGAGGCGUGUGGACUCCAAUGACAGAGUGUACUUUGUCAACCAUAACACCAAGACAACGCAGUGGGAAGACCCCCGAACCCAAGGGCUACAGAAUGAGGAUCCUCUGCCUGAAGGCUGGGAAAUCCGGUACACAAGGGAAGGUGUUCGCUACUUUGUGGAUCACAACACCCGAACCACCACUUUCAGCGACCCCCGUACUGGAAAGUCCUCUGUUACCAAAGGCCCUCAGAUUGCUUAUGAGCGCAGUUUCCGUUGGAAGCUUGCCCAUUUUCGCUACUUGUGCCAGUCCAAUGCUCUCCCUAGCCAUGUGAAGAUCACCGUAUCCAGACAGACGUUGUUUGAAGACUCUUUCCAGCAAAUUAUGGCCCUGAAGCCUUACGAUUUGAGGAGGAGACUCUAUGUCAUCUUCAGAGGCGAGGAGGGUCUAGACUAUGGUGGCUUAGCCCGAGAGUGGUUCUUCUUGUUGUCCCAUGAAGUGCUGAACCCCAUGUACUGUCUGUUUGAGUACGCCGGCAAGAGCAACUACUGUCUGCAGAUCAACCCGGCCUCGGCUAUCAACCCAGACCACCUCUCUUACUUCUGCUUCAUUGGCCGCUUCAUUGCAAUGGCACUUUUCCACGGCAAGUUCAUCGACACAGGCUUCUCUCUGCCUUUCUACAAACGCAUGCUGAACAAGAAGCUAAUACUGAAAGACCUGGAGUCCAUCGACCCAGAAUUCUACAACUCACUUAUAUGGAUCAGGGACAACAACAUUGAAGAGUGUGGUCUGGAGAUGUACUUCUCAGUGGACAUGGAGAUCCUGGGAAAGAUCACUUCUCAUGACCUGAAACCUGACGGCACCAAUGUUCUAGUCACUGAGGAGAACAAGGAGGAGUAUAUCAGUCUAAUGGCAGAGUGGAGGUUCUCCCGCGGGGUAGAAGGUCAGACCAAAGCUUUCCUAGACGGCUUCAACGAGGUGGUUCCACUUCAGUGGCUCCAGUACUUCGAUGAAAAGGAGCUUGAGGUGAUGCUGUGUGGCAUGCAGGAGGUCGACCUGCAGGACUGGCAGAGGAACACGGUGUAUCGUCACUACACAAGGAACAGCAAACAGAUCAUCUGGUUCUGGCAGCUGGUGAAAGAAGUGGACAACGAAGUGCGACUGCGGCUCAUGCAGUUUGUCACUGGAACCUGCAGGCUUCCUCUGGGCGGUUUCGCUGAACUCAUGGGAAGUAAUGGGCCCCAGAAGUUCUGCAUUGAGAAGGUGGGAAAGGACACAUGGCUUCCUCGGAGCCACACAUGUUUUAACCGUCUGGACUUGCCUCCUUACAAGAGCUUCGAACAGCUGAAAGAAAAGCUGCUCUUUGCCAUUGAGGAAACAGAAGGCUUUGGCCAAGAAUAGAGGGAGGAGUCCUCUUGUAUUUUUCCCCCUCCCCCAUCGCUGUUUAUUCAGCCAAGUAAAACAAACAAAAAAAAUUGCACAAGAAAACCACCAAUGUAUAUAAGCUAUUUUGUCAUUUUAAACCAAAUCUUAAUUUGCAGCAUCAUUUUUGCCGCAAUCCUGUUCCCCAGCCCUUAUAUAUUAUAUGAUACCCCAUCAUGAAAUAUGCAAGCAUUUCAGCAAUUCUUUGCUCCUCUGUUUAAAAACAGAAAUCAUGGAUUUUUUUUUUAUUUCCUCCCCACUGCGGACUGGCUUUUUAAAAGAGACUAAAGGUCUUUUUGAGAGGAAUUUUAUAGUUGAAGCGCAAUGUUCUUUUAAAGCUCUAGUUCUAUAGAGCUUCUAAAGUAAGAGUAGUUUUGGGGUCUGGUGCCUGAACACCCCACCCUCCCCGAUAAUUGUUGCAAUUUUUGUGUGCUUGCAUGGCUGCCUCUGAAGAUGGGAAGACUGCUGUGAGCACCAUCUACCACCAUACAUACACACACAAAGACCUUUUUAGCAUGGACGAUCUGUCUCUUAAUGAGGGUUUUAUUUUAUUUUUUUUACCAUUAUCUUCAAAAAGGCAAAGUGUUCAGGAUGGACUGGUCUGAAGCUGAGAUUCUGGAUACCAGCCCAGAGUAAGAAGCAUCAUUGGAUCCUCCUGUUUGGAUAAAGACAUGAUUUAGGAAAAAAGAUGUUCGCAAAGAAAGGAGAAAGAAAGAACUAUAUCAAAAAUCAAAAGGAAUAUGGCGACUGAAGGAAAAUCCUCUAAAUUGAAGUAAAAGAGUGAAUUGUGUGAGUGUCGGUGAGCAUCAGACAUGAUUAUGCUUAUUUGCUAACAUGAAGAUCACAUUUACUUUAUUCACAUUUACCCCUCGUUUAUACGUAUCACAAUAGACAAAUACCCCUACAGUGCAUCUAGCCAUGAAUAUAAUCACUGUAACAAGAUAGCAUAUGAUAUUUGGUCAUCUUUUGUUGUAAUAAGGUCCAAAGGACAUCUCAUUCAUAUGAAUGUACUCUUUUCAGUACAUUCCUCCAUGUACUAAAAGAAGCUGUUGUCAGCUUCUCACUUGUUACCAACCAUUAACUAAUUACAACCGAAGCCAGUGCUGCAUAACAAUCCAAGCUUUGCAAACAUGUCAUUAUCAUGGCAGUAAAUGUCCUUCAAAGUUCCAUGUUUUUUUUUUUAUUUAUUUUGGUCAGUGAUCCUAAAGGAGAUUAGAGAUGCUGGACUAAAAGAGUAUCAAAUUUCAUGUCUUGAAUGACUUGAAAGCAACAUAUACAAACAUACAAAUAUUGAAUGUAGGUGUGGCAGGAGUGGAAACUGUCCAAGUAAAAGAAAAUAAACAAACAUUUUUGAGGGGCCGAUAGGUCCACUAAAAACCUUCUGAAAGUAUUAACUGGGUCAUAAACCUGUACAGUAUUGUUACAAUAAAUAACAUUUCUGUCAAAUACAGUAAGUAUGUAAGUACAGGAGUAAAUCUGCUAUUUGGCUGUGCAGUCAAGAGCGUGAUUACAGUUAACCUACACAAAAUUCAAGCCGUAGUGCUGAGCCCUCUUUCCUGAGAUCAUACAAUUGAAUUUAAUCAGCCCAUGUUCAAUCUCAUUCUCAGGUUUUGUGCUGAGAUAAGAUAGCCUUAGUUUAAUAACGAUGUGUCUGUAUAAAUCGAUAACGUUGACGCUGUUCGCAGAAAAAAAAAAAAAGCUUAAUUCACAUAUGAGUACUGCAUUGACUCCAUUAAAGAGACACUAACGUGCCACAGACCAAAUAAUGUGUGGAAACUUUCCACAGUGCAACUCCUCAGCAGCCUAAGGCCUGUUCGGACUGACACAGCAGAAAGCCUGAUGAUGCAUUGCAUUGCUAUAUGUUGUGUGUUUUUGUUUUUGCACCCCCCACUUUCCCCUUGUCUUUUUCUUCCUUAAAUGCUUCAGGGGACAUGCCCUUUGUUUUUCAAAAUGUCACGUCUAACUCCAUUGUUUCUAAACUCUGGUGCUUAUUCUUUCAGUCAGUGGUCUAAACACAGGAUAAAAAGCUAUGGCAGUGGCACGCCAAUCCCCUUGUUUUCUCCUCCUCUCUUUUUCGCAUUGUGCUUUUUCAGACCACUGCAAACAGCAGCAAGCUGCUUUAGACUUUUUCUAGGAGGAGCUUGAUUAUUCAAGUUAUCAGUCAUGUAUAUAACAUAUUCAGCUGUCCCUGUGGAAAAGCUGAAAGGAGGGACGACAGUAUGAAGAAAAACAUUUACUGUAGCAAAAGGAGCCGACUUUUAAGAGAAGUCAAAACUACAUAACUUUGUGCUUCCUUUUGAACAGAAACCUGUAAUCAAAGAAAAUAAACUGUGUAUGUGAAUAUUCAUUGUAUAAAGAUAAUGAAAGUACUUAAAUAUUAUAAUAAUUACACAGAGCCGCCGCUCCAUUGAUGGAAAUCUGUGAUGCCUUUUGUUCUUAUCAGAAAUAGAUGGGACGUUUCAGGUUGCCUUCAUCGUAGCCAGUAACAGGAUUAAGUAUCACCUGGUGCAUUCCCUCAAAGCAAAGCUGUUUAAUGAUACUGUACAUCAUUUCAGAAUGUGAUAGUGCAGCAGGGAACUUAUUACUAUGCUGACUGCGGUUUAGGCCAUCUGAAACGCAUCCAAACUGUAACAUAUCGCGUGUAGAUACACACUGUAAACACCAACUACACUGUACAGAAUGCCCCUUUACUGGAGACGAUGUGUAUAGAAGAUUCAUUUUUAAUCUGCUUUCCCUCAUUUUAAUGGAGAGAGAUGGAUUUAUGAAAUACAAAUAAAUAAGUGAAUAAACCCCCUCCAUGACCAUGCUUUCUUUCCUUUUUUUUUUUUUUGUUGUGUGAUAAUCGGGGGAUGAGAGGCCUUCUGCUCAGGAUUCACAACAAAACUGUUGGCAAUUUUUAUUCUGUUCUUAAAGAAAAAUAAAACAAUGUGCUCUUGGUUUAAUCUUUGUUUUGAUUGGAUCUUGCCUGUGGAAAGAACCAUAUUUAAUAAAUGUAUGUGACCAUCUUUA